AUUUAAUUGUAUUAUAUUUAAAUAAGUGAAAGGGAGUGAAGGACUUGUAUCCCAUAUUAUGUUUUGAUUGAUUUAUUGAUAUAUUGUCAAUAUGGAAUAUGCAAUUUUCUAAUGUGCUCAUUGAUAAGAGCCAGCCCAUGAUAGGAAAUAUCCUCAUAUAGAUGAUUGCCAUGGGUCAUUGAUUGACAUCACUUCACUGCACUCUGCAUUUUCUUCUGUCCUCUUUCUACAGGAGCUAACCCAACCUAUCUGAUUUCACAUUCCAAAAUCUUAAUCUUCUUUAGGAUGGGAUCCUCUUUAACAAACUUGAAGUUUUCAAUAGGACCGAUGAUACCCCUUUCUUAUCCUAUCACUCACUUGCCCAAAUUCUUGUUUUGAGUUCUACAACCUGAUUUACCGCACUGGCGCCAUUCAACUUCAAAGCGCAAGCAUACUUUCUUAAUUAGGGGUUAUGUUCUUGCAGUUUGUUUGGCAAUAUAAUCCCACUCGAUAGAACUGGGUACUAUAUAAAGGUUUACAUUGUAACCUAAUUAAAAUGUUUCUAGCCUAGCUUACAAAACACAAUAUUAUAUACUGUAAUAGUAAUAGAUAUAUCUACGGUCUAGAUAUCUCAGUCAGCUAUUUUACGUGAAUAUACAGCCACAAUUCUUGAUUCCUCCACCAAUGCUCGAGAAGAGGAACAGGCACCUGGGUGCGCUUUGGUUCCAUGAUGGAUUAUUGCUAUUCAUUACCACCCAGGGCGCGCUCGGCACGCUUCGACCAAGCAAGACAUAAAACAAAGAGUUCGCCGACCAGAUUGAAUCAACCUCUGAAGGAGGGGGGAUAGAGUAAACAGAGAGGACCAGGUAACAGUACCCAACCUGAGACGAAUUGCAAAGGAAAAUCAGAGUAUCUGCAAACAGUUUAUUUUCACAGGGUCAGCAGAGAACUGAAUAGUAACGGUAUCUAUUUUUUUUCUGUAAGUAUCGACUACUAUAGCAAACAAUUACAUCUGAAAUGGACCGUAAAAUUGCAGACUUCUCUGGGAUGUGGAAAAUGAAGACUUCUGAAAACUUUGAAGAACUCCUGAAAGCAUUGGGUGUGAACGUGUUUGUCAGGAAGAUAGCCGUGGCUGCAGCCUCCAGGCCUGCAGUAGAGAUCACCCAGCAGGGAGAGAGCCUCUCCAUCCAGACCUCCACCAGCGUACGCACCACCCAUGUCUCCUUCACCGUGGGACAGUCCUUCAAUGAGACCACAGUGGACGGACGCCUCUGCACGAGUACCCCUCGCUGGGAGACAGAUAGCAAGAUCAGCUGUGAGCAGAUUUUGCAUAAAGGGGAGGGCCCUAAGACUGCCUGGACCCGUGAAGUGACCAAUGAUGGUGAACUGAUUUUGAUAAUGAGCGCUGGGGAUGUCGUGUGCACCAGAGUGUAUCAACGAGAAUGAAAACUUUCAAGACUGUCAAACUUUUCACUUUGUGCCUCUUUUUUCACAUUUCUUAAUUUCUACCUUUUCCGUUUGCUUAUUUAAUCUUCCAGUCAUUCAGAUUAUGGUUAACAAGACGUCAGUGGUGUGCUUUUUGUCAGACAGAGUUUGACUCUUGUGAAAGCCUUGUGUCAGUUUUUUUUGAUGUGUCAGUUUUAUGUUCUCGUAUUAGCUUGUAAUGGUAUCAUUCUUCAUACACAACCAAAGCUGUAUUUAUUCUCAGUAUAACGCAUGAAAACCCAUCCAUAUUUUUGUUCAAAUUCCUUUACCAAAACAAAUGUUAACCAUCCUCAAAAUGUUGUUAAAACAAUUACAAAUUGAUAACGUAUUUCCAAAA